GGUACUGGCCCAGUACAUAUUCACCUUGAAGAGGAAGACAGGGCGGAAGACCAAGAUCAUCGAGAUGUCUAUAUCCAAGCCCUGCAUCUCUGGAUAUUGCUUACCACCUAUGUUGUUGUUCUAGGACAAAUUCAAGGACAGAAGAACUCAGAGUGCCCUAAGGAAGAUUGGAUAACCAAGAAAUGCCUAAUCAAGACUCUGCUGUGCAUGUGAAAAUGAUGCCAGAAUUCCAGAGAAGUUCAGUUCGAAUCAAGAACCCAGCAAGAGUAGAAGAAAUUAUCUGCGGUCUUAUUAAGGGAGGAGCUGCCAAACUUCAGAUAAUAACAGACUUUGAUAUGACACUGAGUAGAUUUUCCUAUGAAGGGAAAAGAUGCCCAACAUGUCAUUAUGUCAUUGACAACAGUAAGCUGGUUACAGAUGAAUGUCGGAAAAAGUUACUGCAACUAAAGGAAAAAUAUUAUGCUAUUGAAAUUGAUCCUGUUCUUACCAUAGAAGAGAAGUACCCCUAUAUGGUAGAAUGGUAUACCAAAGCACAUAGUUUGCUUGUUGAACAGGCUUUACCAAAAGCUAAACUUAAAGAAAUUGUGGCAGAAUCUGAUGUUAUGCUCAAGGAAGGGUAUGAGAAUUUCUUUGAUAAGCUCCAGCAGUACGGUAUCCCUGUGUUCAUAUUUUCGGCUGGUAUCGGUGACAUACUAGAGGAGGUGAUCUAUCAAGCUGGCGUUUAUCACCCAAACGUCACAGUAGUGUCCAACUUCAUGGAUUUUGAUGACAAUGGGGUGCUCAAAGGAUUUAAAGGCGAACUAAUUCAUGUAUUUAACAAGCAUGAUGGUGCCUUGAAGAACACAGAAUAUUUCAAUCGGCUAAAAGAUAACAGCAACAUAAUUCUGCUAGGAGAUUCCCAAGGAGAUAUAAGAAUGGCAGAUGGAGUAGCCAAUGUUGAACACAUCCUGAAAAUUGGAUAUCUAAAUGAUAGAGUGGAUGAUCUUUUAGAAAAGUACAUGGACUCUUACGAUAUUGUUCUAGUAAAAGAUGAAUCACUGGAUGUAGCCAACUCAAUCUUACAGAAGAUUCUAUAAACAGCCUUCUUCAAGAAGACCUCUCUCCUGUGAGUGCAAUUGACGCAGGAAUUGCUCACCUGUUCAUCUUGGUGAAAGACUUCUAUUUAUAAUACAUUCUUGCUCUUGAAGUUUUUUCCCUACAUUAUUGAGGUAUUUCAGACAUAUUGAAUCUAUCAACUGGAAGCUCCUUUUUUCCUUACCUCUCUCAACACACUCCUCAACUGUAUUUUUUAACAGUUAAAAAAAAAAAAAACUUAAAGCCAAAAUUUGAAAAAUAACUCCAUGAAUUUCCAGAGUGAAUUUUGUAGUUUAAUGUUAUGAGGUUUUUGAGGAAACUUUUUACUCGGGGGGGGAAAAAAAAGUCUGUAUAAAUUUAAAAAGAAGUUUUAUGAAAUGGUGAAAUAAUGUGCAUGAUUUUAAGUGUUGCUGUUUUUGUCACGUGGGUGACUUAUGCUGCUGAUAUCACCAUCUCCUGAAAUUGCAUUAUGUUUGGUUAUUUGAUUUUUGAAAGUCAGUAUUUAUCAGAAAAUAUUGGCACUCGGUGUUUGAAAAACCAUUGGUAUCCACAUAUAACUAAUCAUUACAAAAUGUUCUAUAUUGAAGCACUGAUAAUACACAUGAAGUGAAAAGCC